AGGUCGAGAGGGAAGGGUGGAUGGCGUGACCCUCUCCCCUUUAUUAUCCACUUUUAUCCCUUUAUCCAAUAGCCCCAACCAUCGGCAGCCCUUCACAUAAUAAGAUAAAUGCAAGAACUCCCUAAAAAAGCACUAAGAGGGGGAAUUAAACCGCUAUAGGCCGUGAAAUAAGAGAAGAAAGUGAAGUGAUUUGAACAACGUAAUUGAACCUUUGAAAGUGAUUGGCAAGAUUUUAUUGAUGUGAUUUUGCCUCCACGUGUUGACCUUGCGUUGCCGGGGAGGAAAUGUGACCUGCGUGACCUAGCUUGACCUGACCUGCAACUGACCUCGUUUCUCACCUCUCUCUCUCUCUCUCUCUCUCUCUCUCUCUCUCUCUCUCUCUCUCUCUCUCUCUCUCUCUCUCUCUCUCAUUUAUUCUCGUGACCUAGCUUGACCUGACCUGCAACUGACCUCGUUUCUCACCUCUCUCUCUCUCUCUCUCUCUCUCUCUCUCUCUCUCUCUCUCUCUCUCUCUCUCUCUCUCUCUCUCUUUUAUUUAUUCUCUUUCUUUCCCUUCCUUCCCUCCCUUCCUCUUUCUCCUCUUAUUUCUUCUUUUUUCCUUCCCUUCUUUCUUCCCUUCCCUCCCUUCCUUUUUUUCCUUCCCUAUCAUUUCUUCUCUUUCUUUCUUUCCUUCCUCUUUUCCUCUUUCUCCUUCCCUUUAAUUCCCUUUUAUUCCUUCUCAUUCUUCCUUCUUUUCCACAUUUUCCUUUUCUAUCCUUUCUCCCUUCCUCAUGUCUUCCUCUCCCUUCCCUCUCCUCUCCCUCUUCCUCCUCCCUCUCCUCCUCCCUCCAUGUGAAGCUGCAAACAAAACUGCUCCCUCCACACCUGUUCCUCUCUCCCACACACCUGUUUCCCUCCCUUCUCCCUCACCUCCCCCUUCCCUCCCUUCGUCCUCCUCCCCCCCUGACCCCAUUUCACCUGUCCCAUCUCUUCCCUCAUCUAAACCACUUCUACCUGACACAAAUGACUCCUCUGGGCUACACCUUAUCACACCUGACCACACACCUGUCGCCCCUUCCACACCUGGCCCUAACGACGUACUCCAUAAGAUAGGAGGCGAUGAAGAAGGAAAGGAAGAAGAAGAAGAAGAAGGAAAUGAAACCCAGGUGAAGGGGAAGAAGAGGGAAGUUGAACUCUUGAUGGUCAAAAAUUUCUACUUAUGGACAAGGAGGAACCAAGGCAACUCCUCCGCCCAGCACCUCAACCCUGCCCACAACGAGACCAUCAUCAACAGCUUCUUCAGGCCACGCAAGACCUAUGUCAUCAUCCACGGCUUCCUCGGCUGGGGCACAGAGGGGUGGAUCUUGCAUCUUAAGGACAAGCUGCUGGCAACCAUGAACAGCAAUGUGAUCUCGGUUGACUGGCCAGCGGGGACAGAAUGGUGGCUUCCGGGCUACUACACGGCAGUCUCCAGGGUGCCGAAAGUGGCCAAGGACCUCUUGGCGCUCCUCCGCGGCCUCGUCACCCUGUGGGAUCUGGACCUGGGGGACGUGCACCUCGUUGGACACUCCCUUGGGGCUCAUGCUGCAGGGCUGGCCGCUGCUCCGCUCUCGACGGUGGGACGGAUAUCUGGCCUUGACCCCGCUGGCCUCAUGUACCACAAUGUCCCAUCUGACCAGCGGCUCGACUCGUCUGACGCAGAUUACGUUGAUGUCAUCCACACCAACGGCUGCAAGACGCUCAACAAGUGGCUGGACUGUUACGGAAUUAAUGAGAAUCUUGGACACAGCGACUUCUGGCCAAACGGAGGCCGACAUCAACCCUACUGUGGCACCAGGAAGAGAGUGAACAACGGGGAGAUCGGGUGCAGCCACGAGAUGGCCUAUGUCUACUUCAUCGAGAGCCUCAACUACAAUGUGGAUCAGACCUUCUUCCUGGCCCGGCCGUGCAGUAGCUGGGAUGAAUUCAGCAGCGGCAAGUGUAGCUGUGGCUGGCAGACGCAGUACAUGGGGUUCUCCGUCAAUAUGAGACUGAACGGCACCUUCUACCUCCACACAAACUCCACCGCACCAUUCGCCGAGAAGGACAGCGCAUGCCAGCCAGGGAGUGCCACAGGGUCAGGCGUACGCAUCAUCGAACUUGCCCUCAUCAUCUCCUCGGCCUUCAUUUCCUCGGGGGCUGCGAUCGGUGGCAUAGCGCAGUUGGUGGCCCGGAGAAGAGGUGCCAUGAGAAGGGAGGAAAGUGGAGGUGGUGACAGUGUUGCCAGUGGAAGUGGUACAAGAGGUGUUGGUAAUGGUGAUGUGGUGAUGGAUGGUAGCGAUUGUGAGCCUCUCCUUGCAUAAGUUACUCUCGUUGCUGUUAUGGUGGUGGCAAUGUUGUAUAGAUUGUGUUUGUUAGUAGUGGCGUGUGUCCGUUCAAAGUCCCACUCACCUUUUAAUCUCAAUAUGUCUCUUUUUAUGUAUGUUCGGUCUUAGGAGAAGCAUAGCGGGUAAUGAGACUUGAAGUAGGGAAAGAAGGGGAAGAAAGAAUGAGAGAAAGAGGGAAUGAAAAAAGACGGUAAGCUUGACAGUAUGCCUCAGUUCACCCUUCAAAUUAGUAUGUCUGUUAGGUCUUAGGAGAAGCAUAACGGGUAAUGAGACGAAGUAGGGAAAGAAUGAGGUAAAGAGGGAAAGAGAAAGGACUGAAAGUGUGACAGUAUGCUUAAGUUCACCCUUCAAAUUAGUAUGUCUGUUCGGUCUUAGGAGAAGCAUAGUGGGUAAUGAGACUUGAAGUAGGGAAAGAAUGGGAAGACAGUAUGAGGGAAAGAGAGAAUGAAAAAUGACUAAGUGUGACAGUAUGCUUCAGUUCACCCUUCAAAUUAGUAUGUCUGUUUGGUCUUAGGAGAAGCAUAGCGGGUAAUGAGACUUGAAGUAGGGAAAGAAGGGGAAGAAAGAAUGAGAGAAAGAGGGAAUGAAAAAUGACGGUAAGCUUGACAGUAUGCCUCAGUUCACCCUUCAAAUUAGUAUGUCUGUUAGGUCUUAGGAGAAGCAUAGUGGGUGAUGAGACGAAGUAGGGAAAGAAGGGGAAGAAAGAAUGAGAGAAAGAGAAAUGGCAGAGAAAGGACUGGAAGUGUGACAGUAUGCUUAAGUUCACUCUUCAAAUUAGUAUGUCUGUUCGGUCUUAGGAGAAGCAUAGCGGGUAAUGAGACUUGAAGUAGGGAAAGAAUGGGAAGACAGUAUGAGGGAAAGAGAAAUGAUAGAGAGAAGACAGUGUGACAAUAUGCUUCAGUUCACCCUUCUCAGUAUGUCUGUUAGGUUUUACUCACCCUUCUUGGUAUGUCUGUUAGGUUUUACACUCUUAAAAUUUGUAUGUCUGAUUAGUUUACCAUAAGUCUUAGCCACCCUGCAAAGUACUGUCUCUCAGGCCCUUAGCUCUCUUCAAAUUCAUAUUCUACCGAGGAAAAAAAACUAAACUGAGAUAAAAAAAAAAUAGAAGGAAAACAGAUAAUGAGAUUUGAAGUAGAGAAA